CCUUCUUUCCACUGUCGCCGCACUCGUCCCCGCACCGCCGUCGUCCACCGUCCUCCCGUCUCCGCCGCGACGCCACCCCGUCAGGUCUCUCUCCCUCUCCCUCUAUAGAACCACCUACUAGAACCCUAUCCAUCUUCCUUCUCGUAGCCGCAGCCGCAGUCGCGCGCGCGGGGCGGGGCUCGCUUCGCUUCCUUCUGGAUCGGCUGUGGGUUCGCUGGGGGGUGGAUUGUGUUUGGAACUCCAGCAGGCAUCGGUAGCUGCGUUGUGGUCGUCUAAAUGAGGUGCCCUGAAGCCUGAAGCGGGCCUCCAGCUUCGGCACCGGCGAGAGACAUGGCGGCGGCGGCGGCGAAGGAGGCGGACAUGAAGAAGAUGGAGCUUAUGAAGGAGGUAAGAGCGCACCAAGUGGCAAUCGGCGAGCUCAACAGCCUGCCUCCAUCCAGGGCCGCGUACCAGAAGACCUGCAACAUCUUCUUCCGCAAGGACAUCAAAUCCGCCGUCGCAUCCCAACAGAAGCAACUUGAUACUGCAAAGGCGAAGCUGCAGAAGCUGGAUCAGGCAUCAUGAAGGUUCACCGCAGAGAUUUGAAAUUGCAGCUGCAACUAUGCUGAUUCAUCCACCUCCAUGAAUCGAUCCUCUCUAAUCAAGUGUCUUAGUAGUGCUAGACAACAUGCAACUUUUAUAUAUAGCUUUCCGUGUAACAGUUGUGUCGUUUCAAGCUGGUUGCUAGUUAUGGGUGCGAGACAAAUCAUUUCCUUAUGAACAUGGAGACUGGAUAUGGGACUGUAGCGCCAUCGUGCUGUGCUUUGACAAUUACUCCCUCUGUAAACUCAUAUAAGGUCUUUCAGAUCACUUGUGUGGUGAAUUACUAAAUUCAGGUGGAGUCUUGUGUGGGACUUGUCA